CACUGGCAUGUUCUGGAUAAUCUGGUGUGUGUGAGCUGCAACACAGCUGAUGGUGACGCACAGUGUCUGUAGGAGGAGAACACACUCACACACAGUUAUAAUAACAGACCUAAGAACACACACGGUCACUUAAUAACGACGAAGAACCUGUGAAACCGAGCUCAUUCGUGUGUAAUCGUCGGUUAAUGUCAGCAGGUCCGCCCCUCCGUCACCCAGCGCAUUCCAUCGGUGUUAUUCUGUCCUAUUUACAGUCACUGACACGGACAGAGCCGCCAGUCCUCCCUGCUGGACACUUCUAAAAAAGGCAGGACACAGUGAGGACGAGGAGGACGAGAAGACAUGGUGGAUUAUUAUGAUGUUCUGGGAGUGCCACGCGGUGCCUCUCAAGAUGAAAUAAAAAAAGCUUACAGGAAACUGGCCUUGCAGUGGCACCCAGACAAGAAUCCAGACAACAAGGAGGAGGCCGAGAGAAAAUUUAAGGAGAUCGCAGAAGCCUAUGAAGUUUUAUCAGACAGAAGCAAACGAGAAGCUUAUGACACUUAUGGAAAAAGUAGAAUUCCUAACUCUGGCUCAGGCGGUGGUUCCUUUUCCGACGACUUUCCAGGAUUCACCUUCACAUUCCGCAGCCCAGAGGAGGUGUUUCGGGAAUUCUUCGGAGGCCAGGAUCCAUUUGCUGACUUUUUUGAUGAUUUCCCAUUCGGAGGUUUGCACAGCGGGAUGCACAACCACCAUGAGUUUGGUCACCAUGGCUUCUCAAGACUCGGGCCCAGCAGGUUCUUCUCCUUCCCCUCAGCAAAUGUUGACUUCACCUCUUUCUCCUCUUCCUCAAUGGGAGGCAGCGGAGGAGGAAAUUUUAAGUCCGUCUCCACUUCCACACGGCUCGUCAAUGGAAAACGCACCACAACGAAAAAGAUCAAAGAAAACGGGCAGGAGAGAACCGAGAUCGAGGAGGACGGGGUCCUGAAGACUGUCCUCAUUAAUGGUGUAGAAGAUGAGAUGGCUCUGGCUCUGGAGCUCAGCCGCAGAGAGCAGUCCAGCCAGACACAACAGCUCCCGUUCAGUUCUGUCCACUCCGAUCUCACCAACCACCGCACCCCAACCAACCCCCAGCGCUCCUUCAGCUCUGCCCCGUUCCUUCACUGCCCGGAAAGCAGUGAAGACGAGGUGGACGAAGACCUGCAGAUGGCACUAGCCUACAGCCUGUCCGAGUUAGAGACCUGUCCGGCUACCUCCGCCCAGGAUGAAAUCUCAGGUGCCAGGGAAGGGCGGGGCAAAAAGCAGAAAGGGAAAGAAUCCAGUCAUGAGCCAGAAUCAGGGAGGAACAGAACAGAGGAAUUAGCACACAUCACUCAUACAUCACAAGAUCAGAGAGAAACAGGGAAAUCUGAACAGAGUAGGGAGGGAGGAAAACCUGUUGCUAAUGGCAGCGCUGUGCUGAAAAACAAAAGAAAGUGUCGGUGUGUGGUGUGUUAAGUGAGCUGCAUGAUGUUCCCAGUGUUAAUCUUUUCUACAGCUGCUAUUCUGAUCCUUAAUCUAUUUCUAAGUUUUGUGUGGUGUGGUGUGGUGUUUCAGAGAACGAACUAGUCGUACUACAACUACUUCUUUGUUUACUUUAGGAUGGUUUGUCUGAUUUUUAAUACAGAAUUAAGUUCACCUAAGGUUUUAAGGAUUUGCUUACAA